AUGUCUUACUCGCAGAGACCGUACGCCAAUGGCACCACCAACGGAAACAACAAUGGCAACCACCAUAACGUCAGCUAUAUGAAUGGAGCCUCACUCGCCGCUAACAGCGACCGACUUCGACGCUUCGAUUUCGAGACGACACCCGACACCUCCGCAGACGAACGAUCACGGUCCAGGGGACCCGGAGGUUAUGGAGGCUUCGGCGCACAGCAACAGAGCAGUCAGAUCCAAGCGCCCUCGCACCUGGAUCGGCGGCAAGCCAACCGGAGGAGUCGCGACCAAGCAGGAUAUGGCUGGGACAGUUCACGAAGUCGUUCGCGAGGUGCACCUGCAUUGCGCCGUGGACCUCAAGGCAACAAUGUCGACGAGAUAUUGCGGUAUAUCGGCCAACACUGGUCCUUCAUGGCCAAUGAUAGCUGUAUACCGAUCAAAGUUGCUCUACAACUCAUGGACCCGUCGAGUCUAGGACUAGCGGACCAGUAUGAUCAGUUCCAAGAUGUGCACCAGCAGCUACAGAACGCAUUGAAGGUCAUCGUCAAUGAGCACCAUCAGGGCUUCAACAGCAGUAUAGGUACUUUCCACAAGAUCCAAGCUGCUAUCCAUGCUUCGCAGCAACGUGUGAGGACACUGCGGGCGUCUCUUGUGCAGGCGAAGGAGAGUCUGUCAACCGCAAAGCCUGAGCUGCGGACACAUGCAGCGAGCAGUCAGAGCUACGAUCAGAUGCUGCAGACAAUCGCCGACAUUGAGACACUACAGGGCAUUCCGGAUCUACUGGACGCUCAGACGAACGAGAAAAGGUUCCUUGGAGCUGUGACGACUCUGCAAGAAGGAUUGACACUGAUCCGAAAACCGGAGAUGGAAGAUAUUGGUGCGUUGUCCGAGCUAAGGCUACGGCUUAGCAACCAAGAACAGUAUUUGUCAGAUCACCUGAUUGAGGAAUUGCAUAACCAUCUCUACCUCAAAUCACCGUACUGCGAAGAGAGGUGGAAGAGCCACAGUAAACGAGAUCUUGCCGAGAGCGCCACAGUUUCUGACGACGAUCGCGCGAUGUGGACAUUCCUAGAUGGCUACGACGGCCGACAGGAGAUGCAAGAAGACACCACACGGAAUCCCGAAGCCGGCAGCUUUUACUACAUACAGGUGUUAGUAGAGUCGCUGAAUCGUAUGGGCAGACUAGAGCAGGCCGUCGAUGAGAUCGAGCGAAGACUACCUGUUGAGCUGUUUAGAGUGGUAGAGCGUUCACAUGGGGAAGUCGAGCAGAGACAUCCAACCACAAUGCGGAGCGCGGCAGCUCGAAAACGCCAACAAGAAUUAAGCGCUGGCCAAGGACCAGACGGUGAGCAACGAGCAAUAUUGGAAGAUCUCCUGCGUACACUGUACGCAAAGUUCGAGGCUAUCACCGAAGGCCAUCGUGUCUUGCACGACGUCACCGCGGCGAUCACGAGGCGAGAAGCGCAUCUUGCUCACGGCGACACAAGCUCGGUCAACAGGAGCUUCCGCGAACUCUGGAAGCUCCUCCAAUCUGAAAUUCGUUCGCUGCUCCAUGACCACCUCACCAUAACCGGCGCCUCUGGCCUCGCAGGCCGUACGAACCGUGAGAAUGAUAUCAAUCUCAACAUGUUCCGCCCGACACCACGAGACAAGACGAAGAAACUCUUCCGCGCAGCAGAGACAGCUGACGCCAAGGCCGGAGGGGACUCGGACAUGGCGAUCGAGAAGGAGGAUUUGAUGAAUAUGCUUAAAGACUCUGUGCCUGGACUUGUGAAUACGGACUUGCAGACUUCACAAGCGAGCAGGGAUCGUCUGGAGUCCGAACGCGUGAUGGCGGAGAAGAGCGCGACAGGGCAUAAACUCCUGGUCGAGCCGCGACUGUUCAACAUGUCCACACUGCUGCCUCCCUCUCUAUCAUUCCUGCAUCGUUUACGCACAAUCGUUCCUGCAUCUGGCGGCGUAAUACCUAGCACGUUGACUUCCUUCCUCGACGACUUUCUCAUCAACGUCUUCUACCCUCAACUAGACGAGACACUACUCGAUCUCUGCUCCGCAGCAACAAGCGACGCGGAAGCAUUCACAAUCGACCCCGAAUGGGCGAAGUUCAGCGCGAGACCCGUGUUUAAGGGAGCAGUCAGAGUGCUGCAAGUAAUCGAGGGCGUGUGUGAGAUGCUAGACGCGCUGCCGCACGAGCAGAGCUUCUCCUCCUUAGUGGUCGGGCAAUUGAGCGAGUACUAUGAUCGAUGUUAUGUCUGGAGCAAAGGACUCUUACAGCGUGCUGCCAGUGCUCCAGGCAGUAACGGGACGACGGCAGCUGGUGGUGGUGCGGAGAACGUGGUGAUGAGGAUGAGACUAGCGGCCGAUCUUGCCACAGCUGGGGAUAUCAACGAUACUAUCAUAGAGAUCCUCACGCUGGACACGAAACCCGAUCUUGAAGGAGGCGAUGCCACGCGCGAUCGGACGGUGCUGGUGGAGAAGGAGAGCGCGCUCCUACUGAACCUUGUCCGCGAUCGACAGGUCGAAGAGGCGGAUCUCAUUAAUGACCGCAAAGCUUUGUCGGCUUUGUGCACGAUGCACGUUAGUAUGAAGUGGCUUGCCGCCAAGUGUCAGAAGCUGCGGUAUCUGAGUCCAAGGGCAAUCGAUAUGGGAUCCGCUGACCCUGCGGCGAAUAUCUCCAGCGCUAAUGCAGGUGGGAAGAGUAAGAGAUGGACGCAGAAUACCGCUGGUUCAUUACAACAUCUACCUGGCGAGCCCACAGGGCCAUAUCUCCCGCUCGAUCCUACCACCGCCCCGCAAUUAGACGCCGUGGUCGUGUCUUUUACAGAGCUUUCGCAUCUUCUGCUAAGGACAUUGCAUGUGGACCUUCGACUCCAACUCCUGUAUGGCCUGACGCAAGCGAUGAGUAGUACCUACGCUCUCGGCCAACCAUAUAACGACCCCGACCCAGCGAUCCUGGACCUAGCGAAGAACUUAUCAACAUACGACGCAGCUGUAGCGCCAAAUCUCAUGGCGCAGCAACACGAAUUCCUACUCAACGGCCUCGAAGUGCUAGCAGGAAAUGCCGUGGUCUCAAUGGUGAAGCUAAUACCAGGUCUAGACGACCACGGUCUCGCGCGGCUCCAACUCAAUAUCCUCGUGCUACAGCAGACGCUUAAGACGCUCUCGCCUGCAUCCACCACAUCAACCGCUAUCAUGCCACCUUCUGGAAGCACCAACAGCAGCAGUCUGACAAAAGCAGCCUCAUUCUACGCCCUGCCCACACCUCCACCGGGCCUCAAUAGUAAUACAGGCUGUGAUAACAUCCUCAACGCGGGCAAGAAAAACAACACCUUCAGUAAAGACGACCUGGAAGCGCUAGUCCGCUUAUGCUGGAGAGCGGAUCGCGAGGGCACGACGGGGGUCGGGGAUGUAGAGGCGUAUGUUGCACGGCUUAGAUCUGAAGGUGCUGGCGCUGGUGGUGCUGGAGGUGCGGGCGGAGCGUUUCCGAAGAGAGGGGUGAGUUUGAGUAGGAAGAGGUCUGAGCAGAUGGUUCGACGGGCUGGUGGUGGGACGGGGACAGGGACAGGGACAGGGACAGGGACAGGGGCUAGUACGCCAACUGCGGGAGCGUAG